AUGGCAUCUGUAUGCUUAAGCAAACACGACAUCAAUAUCCUCGAGAAAAUCAAGGAUCCGGAGUCAAACCCAUAUGCCGGCAUCGUUCUCGACUCCUCAUUACCACGUGACCCAAACAUCACAGAUGCCACCGUAUAUGAGCAAAUAGUCGAGAGGGAGCGAGAGAUCAUUCGUUCCAUUCAGAACCUUGAAACCCAAUUGAAGAGUCUUGGAUCUGAAGAAGUAAAAGAUAUUGCCGUCAAGGGUUACCAGCAAAGCCUUUCGGCGGUUGAGGGUAUGAUUGCUGCGCAUCCCAACUACGCCAGCGCCAGAAACAACCGUGUACAGAUCCUCCGGCGACUAUACGGGGAUGCAAUGCUGCUCUCCGAUACCAAAGACAGCUCCGCGCCUUUAAUUGAGACACCCGACCAGGCGGAGAGGAAAAAGGCUGUUGUCACAGCACUGAGCGAUAUUGAAGCAUCAAUCGCACUCCUCACACCGUCAUCACCAACCAUGCCCAUUUCUCCGCAAGUUGCACGCACUCUCUCUAUGGCUCACACGCAAAGAGCUGCAUUAUAUUUGAAAACAGCCAGGCUGUUGCUAAGUCGUUCUUUGGAUAUCGAUGAAACCCUUCAAGAGUCCAAAUGGGAAAGGCUCGACUUUGAGGAUGCUGCAUCUCGAGACCUAGCGUCUGGUGGAAGGUACGGAAAUCCAAUUGCAAAGGGCUUGGCUGUGAGCGUCAACCCAACGGCCAAACUCUGCGGACAAAUUGUUCGAGAAGCAAUGAAGAAGGAAUAUGGUCCGUCGUUUGGUGACUAG